CAGUCUCGUCUUCUCUCUGUCUUUAUCAGGCUCUCAUCACCAUUUCCCCAGCCGCCAAUCCAAGACUGUACCCCCGUACUCUCCUUUCAUUUUAUGCAUCGAAGCAGUUGAUCUAGGCCGUUGCGACGAUGAGGAUUGCAUGUCUUCAGUUCGCCCCGCAGGUUGGCGACGUCGAUAACAACUUGAAUCGCGCCGAUGCUGUGCUGAGCAAAGCGAAUCCGCAGAAGCUAGAUCUCUUGGUCUUGCCCGAGUUGGCGUUUUCAGGGUACAAUUUUAAAUCGUUGCAACAGAUCAGUCCGUACUUAGAACCGACCACUUCCGGAAUUACAUCGCUUUGGGCGAGGACGACGGCCUUGAAAUACGAGUGCGUCGUUACGGUUGGGUAUCCUGAGAAGGUCGAUAUCACUCCCAAAUGGCCCGCAUCGCCAGAGUACUACAAUUCGGCCAUCACGGUCAACGCGGAUGGCGAAACAAUCGCGAAUUAUCGAAAAUCGUUUCUCUAUUACACCGACGAAACUUGGGCACUUGAGGGACCAGAUGGAUUCUUUGAUGGAGAAAUAGAAGGGCUUGGGAAUGUAGCAAUGGGGAUUUGUAAGUGGCCGACUAGAUCAUUCGAGCGCAUGGACUUGAAUCCGUACAAAUUCGAAGCACCUUGGAGCGCCUGGGAGUUUGCAUACCACAUCAUUCACAAGGAGGCCAAUCUUGUCAUUCUUUCGAUGGCGUGGCUCACUCGCGAGGAUGCCAGAUCAUACAGUCGAUGUCCGAAAGAUCCAGACAUGGAGACGUUGUCCUACUGGCUUGCUCGACUGGAGCCUCUUAUUCGAGCCGAGACGGAAGGCGAAAUCAUCUGCGUUUUUGCCAAUCGAAGCGGAAUAGAAGAGGAAGCAGUGUAUGCUGGCACAAGCGCAGUCUUGGGAAUUCAUGCUGGCGAAGUCAAAGUCUAUGGAAUCUUGGGGCGUGGCGAGAAGGAGCUUCUCGUAGUCGACACGAACAAACGCCCGCAAGCAAAGCUUGUCUCACAACCAAAUUCCACGGCCGAGAUAAAUUUAACCGCGGAAUUCAACGCCGAGUCGAGUGCUGAGACGAGCACCGAUGAGAGAACGAAUUCAACGGUGUCGGACAUGUCCGAUUUGAGCGUUAACACGCAGAUGACAGCGUGCACCACUCCAGAUUUCCCGCAGGCGUGUUUCCCGAAAUCGAUGGAAGACGUGGUGACUCCACUUUCUCCCGUCGAUGCGAACUCUCCGAGUGUGUUUUUUGCACCCAGAUGCCGUCGACCAGAUGGAGACACUCUCCGCGAGAGUCUGAAGUCAAGUAUUGGCCAGCAAGAAUUUCAGGCUGCAAAAGCUGAUUCCCCAACUUUUGUUCGACCCGCUUCACCAAAGUCGCGAAAUGCAAGUCGGACACGACAACUAGAGUACCAAGAGCCAGCUCUCAGAACCCACGACCUUGCGCAAGAGGAGCAAGUAACCAGAAAAGAUUCUCCAGUCGUUUUUCGACCGCCAUCACCAAAGUCGCGAAAUGCCAGUCGAACACGACAACUAGAGUACCAAGAACCAGCUCUCAGGACCCACGACCUUGCGCAAGAGGAGCAAGUAACUAGAAAAGGUUCUCCAGCCAUUUUUCGACCGCCAUCACCAAAGCCGCGAAAUGCCACUCGAACACUAGAACCCGAGCACCAAGAGCUGGCUCUGGCCUCCCACGACCUCGCGAAAGAGGAACAGAUAAUACACCGAGUCAUUGGCAUCCAAUCGCCCGUCCAACCGCACUCCGCGGCUGCAGCGCCAGACCGACAUAAUCCCUCAUCCUCGCCCACUUACUUCGGCUCGCGGCGCUCGAUCUCACUGAGUCCACGGCCGAAAAGCGCGAUUUGGUGA